CUUGUUUUCUUGUGUUGGAAAAGAAGCUCAACAACAUUGGCGCCAUUGUCAACUCUUCUGACUCUAUCUACCUCCCUCCAUGGAGUAGUUAGGAACUAAUUUUGUCUCCACUUAUUCCAUAUAUUGGCUCGUUUGUAAGACGUGCCACAAUUAAGGUGGUGAAAGAAAGAAUGAACAUUUUAUGAAACAUUGAAUUUUUAUUUUCCUUCCCAAUAACCAGUUUGUUAGAUCGUUUCUCUAGCAAGAUGUUUGGUGUCAUUAGAAGAAAACUCCGGCACCUUUACUCAAGGAUAUUGUGGCUACUAUGGAAGCGUCCCAAGUCUAAAGUUGUUAUCAAAAGGUUUAGAAAAUUGAACUUUAAGGGUCACCACAGAGCAGAAUUGCGUAAAAACAAAUCUACAAGUGACUCAAAUGGCCUCUUAGUUGAGUCUCAAUCUGGAAGGCCUAUUAGGAUUGCUACAUUCAAUGUUGCAAUGUUUUCACUUGCACCUGCUGUUUCAGAAUUUGAUGAAUGGGUUGUCUCCAAUCAUGAGCAUGUAUCAAACAAGAAGAAUCUUCUUGCAAAGGGUGAUUUUCCAAAGAGUAUACUAAAGCAAUCUCCAUUGCAUGCCUCUUUGGACAAGGCUCAGAAUCUUUCUGCCUCCAAUAUUCUACCACGUUCGAAUUUGAAGGUUUCUAUCAAUCUCCCUGACAAUGAGAUUUCGUUGGCAAAUAGUAGAUUGCUUGCUUCGAUGGAGAGAAAAGAGGGUACUUCAGAUACAAUCACGGGAAAUGUUUCUGGCAGGCAUCAAGUUCCAGCAAGGUCUCCUGUGUGCUUUCCUUUCGUUAUGAAUUACUGUGAGGACACUGAGAGGUUCACAUGCAGCAGAAGCAUCAUGGAAGUUCUGAGGGAGAUUGAUGCUGAUGUGCUGGCCCUGCAGGAUGUGAAGGCAGAGGAAGAGAAGAACAUGAAGCCUCUUUCUGAUUUGGCAGCUGCCUUGGGGAUGAAGUAUGUGUUUGCUGAAAGUUGGGCUCCAGAAUAUGGAAAUGCCAUCUUAUCCAAAUGGCCUAUUAAGAAGUCGAGAGUUCAGAAGAUUGCUGAUGAUGAUGAUUUCAGGAAUGUUUUGAAGGCUACAAUUGAUGUGCCCUGGGCAGGAGAAAUAAAUUUCCACUCUACUCAACUUGACCACUUAGAUGAGAGUUGGAGAAUGAAGCAAGUACACGCAAUAAUCCGCUCCAAUGACCCUCCUCACAUCUUGGCAGGAGGACUUAAUUCUCUAUAUGGAGCUGAUUACUCAUCUGAGAGAUGGACAGAUAUUUUUAAGUAUUAUGAGAAACUUGGAAAGCCUAGGCCAAGGUCAGAAGUGAUGAACUUCAUGAAAUCAAAAGGCUAUGUUGAUGCAAAGGAUUAUGCAGGAGAAUGCGAGCCCAUUGUCAUCAUUGCCAAAGGCCAAAAUGUGCAGGGGACAUGCAAGUAUGGCACAAGAGUGGAUUACAUUUUGGCAUCACCAAACUCACCGUACAAAUAUGUACCAGGGUCCUACUCAGUCAUUUCAUCAAAAGGAACUUCUGAUCACCAUAUAGUGAAAGUGGACAUUAUGAAAGUAAAUGCACCAGCUCAGAAAAAUGUCAUUAGGCAGUGCAGGAAACUAAAGAGGAAAGUAGUGAAAAUAACGCCACCUUGUUCUGCAACAGGUGUGAGGGAAUCAACCCCACCUCCCAAAAUACUUGUGCCAAAAGAAAUUGAUUGAUAGAAGUCAUAUGGUAUAUUUGGAUAAGCAAUGCAUUUUCAGUUAGUUGUAAAGUUAAAGCGGUAUGGCCAUGCAAUGGAGUUUGACAUUUCUCAGUCCCCUUGAUUGAGCCUCAAAUUGAUGAGGUUUCCAAAUCCCAUAUAUGUAUAAUAAUAUUGAAUUAUUGCCCUUUCCAGUUUCCCCUCAUGUUUGUACCUUGUCCUUGCUAGAUGCUUCAAAUAAAUAAUUCAGUUCAGGGUGUGAUAACUGCACUAAAGAAAAAA